UUCCUAGGCCCUGGACCCCCGGGGGCUCCCGGCGGCGCGCAGCCCUGCCCUCACGGCGUUGGCCAACUUUGCGGAGUGCGCUCUCCGGGCGCGCGGUCGUGGCGCGCCGCGCUCUCCCGUCGGAACCCCGGGCCUCCUCGCUGGAGAGGCAGAGCCCUCGCGUGGCCUCCUGCCUCACUCACAGCCUGUGCCCCGGGGAGCCCAGCUUGCAGACAACAGCAGUGGUGUCCAUGGGCUCUGCAGACCAUCAGUUCAACCUUGUUGAGAUCCUGUCACAGAACUACGGCAUUCGGCAGGAGUGCGACCAGGCUGCAGGAGACCCAGGGAAGCCGGAGGGAGAGUUGGAGAAGGACUUCAUCUCCCAGAGCAGCGACAUGCCCCUUGAUGAACUGCUUGCCCUCUAUGGCUAUGAAGCGUCAGACCCCAUCUCGGAGCGGGAGAGCGAGGGCAGUGACACCACAGCCAAUCUCCCUGACAUGACCCUGGACAAGGAACAAAUAGCGAAGGAUUUGCUUUCAGGGGAAGAAGAGGAAGAGACACAGUCCUCGGCUGAUGACCUUACCCCGUCCGUGACCUCCCAUGCGGCCUCCGAUCUGUUUCCUAACCGGAGUGGACCCUGCUUCCUGGCUGACGGAGACAAAGAGCCUGGCUCCUCCACCUCGUCCGACACAGAGGAGGACCCUCUUCCUGCCAACAAGUGUAAGAAGGAGAUCAUGGUUGGGCCUCAGUUCCAAGCUGACCUCAGCAGCCUGCACUUGGACCGCCAUGGUGAGAAAAUCUAUGAGAAUGACGACCAGCUGCUUUGGGACCCCAACGUCCUCCCUGAGAGGGAGGUGGAGGAGUUCCUGUACCGGGCAGUGAAGCGCAGGUGGCACGAGAUGGCUGGGUCUCAGCUCCCGGAGGGAGAAACGGUGAAAGACAGCGAGCAGGCACUUUAUGAGCUGGUGAAAUGCAAUUUCAACGCAGAGGAGGCUCUGCGGAGGCUGCGAUUCAACGUGAAGGUGAUCCGAGAUGGGUUCUGUGCUUGGAGCGAGGAGGAGUGCAGGAACUUUGAGCAUGGCUUCCGAGUGCACGGGAAGAACUUCCACCUGAUCCAGGCCAACAAGGUACGCACGCGGUCCGUGGGCGAAUGUGUGGAGUACUACUACCUGUGGAAGAAGUCCGAGCGCUACGACUACUUCUCCCAGCAGACGAGGCUGGGCCGGAGGAAAUACGGCCCGUCUGGAGCCACGGAUGUAGACCAGGACCUGGACAGCAGUGACCCUGAUGGCCGCCCCCACCCCUCACCGCCUCUGCCCCCUGCUACCGACAGCCUGGGCUCUGAGCAGGACCCCCUGGCACGGAUGCACACAGAGCCGCUGAGCGUAGACAGCGCGGCCGGCAGUCUCGGUGAGCCUGGGGAGAGCUCCGACAGCCUCCCGUCCUCGGAGCCAGGGCCUUGUCCGUUUCAGCAGCUGGACACGCCCCCAGCUGUGCCCCUGCCCAGGCGGCCCCCAGCCCUGGCCGAACCAGCCUUCUACCCCCCGGCCACAGCCACUCCGGAGCCCAGCACCAGCCCGAGAUUGGCUGUGGACUUGGCCCUGCCGGGGGCCCUCCCCGAGGAGCUGCCCCUCAUCUCUAGCCACGUGGAUAUGAAUGGAGAGUCUGAGGAGGCUGUGGCCCCAGCACAGGUGGCCUUGUCGGUCACUGAGUUUGGACUCAUCGGCAUUGGGGACGUGAAUCCCUUCCUGGCCGCCCACCCAGCGUGCCCAGCCCCCGGGCUGCACUCGGAGCCCCUGUCACACUGUAACGUGAUGACGUGUUGAGCUCUGGCCGCGGGCGGCACGUGUGGCCCGGACAGGACGCGGGGCCACCGCGGGGCCUGCCUCUGCCAGUCUUCCCGACCCCUCCCCUCCUUGUGGGUCCCGGGUCACGCCGCCUCUGCUUCAGAACGCGUCAAGGACGGGGGUGAGCGGUGGCUGGGACGCUGCCCUGCCCUCCUGACACACAGACUGGCGCUCUCAGUGCCCAGCACCACUGUUCGUGCUGUCCAGGCCGCUGCCCCCACCGCAGGACCCGCCAGGCAGCUGGAUGCAGAGGGCCCGGCCCCGUCUAGCCAGCAGAGGAAGGUGUCCCUGCCCCAUCGGGGAGGUGGGAGAUGGGGCGGGAUGCUGCCCCACCAGCAGCCUCCGCCCGGGGCGCCCUCGGCCCUCCGCUUGGCUCUGUCUCCCUGCACCUGGCAGGGCCUCAGGCUGCCCCAGCUCGGGGGUCGUGGGCAGCUGCUACUCGGUGCCAAACCCCUUGGGGCACAGAGCCAUAUACCUCGAUGUCGGCCCCGCCCACCCUCGACCUCCACCCUGCUCUCCUCGUCAGGAAAAGCCGCACUUUACCCCACACCUGCCUACCCCCUCUCUCCAGCCAGGAGUAGCCUGGGGGUGGGGUCGAGGGGACAGGUGACCCCCCACCCCCCCCCGUCCCCUUGGUACCAAGGCACCGAGGGGGCUGGCUCCAGUCCGUUCCCCUGACCCCGUGGGUCAUAUUUCUGUUGAAGCUCCCCAGCAAGAUGGUUUGGGGGCCCGGUCCUUCUCUUUCCCAGCUUUCCUCAUUUUAUUUAUGUUUCUGUUUACAAAUUGGAGUGGGGUCCUCCAUGGGGCCAGGGCAGUGCUCCCCAACCCCCGGGUGUCACCAGGAGAGGGUUUUGGCUCGAGCCCGUCUGCAGAGUUGGCCUCGACCUUCCCUCACCCCACCAAGGACCACACUGUGAAGUGAUAACUGCCUUGAAUCCCUUGCUGUUUUAUUUAUUAAACUUGAUUUGAAGCCCA